GGGCGUAAGCAAGGGCGCUUCCCCAAUACCACAACACCCCCACCCCCCACCCAAUCCCCACCCCGUCAUUACCUUCCCUUGGGCCAUAUGAUUAGGAAUUUCCCACGUUUAUUUCUCGCAGGCGAUUUAGAUUCCUUUAGAAAGCCACUGAACCCUUACAAAAAGGCGAGGUCCUCAAGCACACUGUAAGCUCAGGACCCUAUUUAUCACUGGCCAAAAAUAUAUGAUACAUUUCGGAAUAUUUUUAAUAAACAAACCGAUCUUCAUUUUUGUUUGUAACUAUUAAUACGGUAAACACAGACAUGCAACUGUUUGGAAAGUAAUAGAAAGUCAAGAUCUUCAACAAAAUAUAUAAAAUAGACUCGGGCUUCUGCCGCCUGUCGACGGCCCGUGAGCCCCUCACCGGAGCUCUUACACCUGUCGACGGCCCGUGAGCCCCUCACCGGAGCUCUUACACCUGUCGACGGCCCGUGAGCCCCUCACCGGAGCUCUUACACCUGUCGACGGCCCGUGAGCCCCCUCACCGGAGCUCUUGACGUCAGUCGACAGUCCGUGUCCCCCUUAUCUGGGCUCAACCAGCUGACGACAGUCCGUGUCCCUCGACGACCGCUGUCGACGGUCCGUGUCCCUCGACGACCGCUGUCGACGGUUCGUGUCCUCGACGACCGCAGGUGACUUUCGUGGCUGUCGUGGUCUUGCCGCACGAUUCUCCCCGCAGCUGAGUGAGGAGGAAGUUCUCCGCUUGCGGGCAGUGUUGACUUACAGCAAGGAAUCCCGGCAUAGUUGCGGGAAUGGCCUUCAGGAUGCAACAGUCGUUUCAUCAGGUGUUAUUUGCUCUCCUGACGAUGCUAGGAAGUCCAGCAUCCCUGGCAGACUCCAGCCACUCCAACCCUUCUGCUGUUCUGGGGUGGGCGUCGCCUAGGCAACCGCUCGAAGCGUCCUCGUUACCGGAGCAACAGCUUCCAGACCGCCUGCGUUCAGAGCAUCCAGAGCGUCCAGUUAUCCCAGAUGGUCUCAAGAGAUUCCAGUUCUAUGUGUAUGGUGUGGACAGACAGCUGGUUCAGAAGUGGAUCUCUCUCCAGGAAAUACAGGAUCUUCUGUUCGAGCUUGGGCCUCUCGGAGAAGGAAGUGCGUGCGUCAACUUUCAAUUUCAGACAGGGGGAGAGUUGACCCCCAUCAGCCAACCUCGACCUUCCCUCCCAUCCCGUCCUGAGGACAGCAUCCAGGGCGUCAUCUCUACCGUUCAACAGGUCGUGUCGUCCGAGGUCGCCCAGAAUCACCAACAGCCGACCAACUUUCCAGCAGACCUCACCCAGCCCUCCGGGGAGUCCAUGGAGAUCCCAGAGGCAAUCCUGCAGAACCUUCUCAGCUUCCCACAUCAUCUCACGACCCCGUGGCCGUCUCCCUCGACCGUCACUCCUGUCACCGACGUCCCGUCCACUCUUCCCCAGACUGCAUACACCGGGUCUCCCAGAGACCAGCCUGUCACCACCGUCUUCCCGUCAGCCUUCACUCAGGCUUCCACCACAGGGUCUCCUAGGAACCAGUCUGCUACAACCACCACUGCUACAACAAUUACUACCACCAUUACCCCCGAGGCUUCUACUACUCUCCAAGAUAUAAUUACGAGGGAAGUUUUCGUCACCGAGGCACCAGAUGGUGUCGACCAGACCACUAAUCGGCCGAAUAACAACAGAUGGAACAGUCGUUUUCCUGGAUGGAACGAGCAAUCUCUGGAAGUCGAGGAAGGAGAGUCGAGUACUCGGCAUGAUCUAUAUCUCACUGAUGAUUAUCAUUCCAGGCCAGGUGGACUGUCUGAGACUGUCAUUCCAAAUGAUGUCACUUCUAACAGUCUAAAUGUGUGGAAUUACAUAGGUAACGCUUCAGGUGAUGCUCAGGACUCGAGUGGAAUGACAACACUCAGUGCUGGAGAGGUUGAGGAGGACUCCUCGACCGUCUCAGCGUUCACGACCAACAACCCACUUCAAGUUACCAUCACAACUGAGGAAAAUAGUAACCUGCUAACGACCAAACUCGACAGAGGAGACCCACUGCUCUUAACUCUCACAGACCUGUAUGCACAGUCCUACAGUAGCGACGAGUCUCCACAGCCUACGAGUCUAACAACGACGGUCAAUGGCCCAGUUCGAGAGGCUACUGCGAUACAACACAGAGUAGAGACUAAUGCCUCAACCCUCUCGCCAUUCCAGUCGGCUUUCAUGGAUUUUGCCACAAAUAUCUUCCUCGAGGAUUCUGAAACCACUCAUAUGUCAGAGCCACCAAUUACAGAAACUCUGAAAGACACUCAGACCACCUCUUCUAUUAGAACUCAACCUCCGCCAUUUGUUGCAUCAGUCUAUUCUGCAACAGAGAGAGCAACUGAAAUUCCCACGAUAGAUGAAACAACUCAAAAAAUACCUACUUUAAAACAGCAUUUACGAGCCACCACGUUACCCUCAGCCUCACAUAGAAUCAAUACCCCUGAAGGUCCAAUGGCACUUACACAGCCCGAUUAUAACAACUUGACACCAGCAACUAAUGCACCCAGCAGGACAACCAUUUCCCUCGACAAUGACAAUGUUCUAUCCAUUGACCUUCGCAAUCCCUCUUCACCAGACAGUCCCUAUGAUAUUAUCCCAGUUGAAGGGCAAGUACCCGCAAGCAGCACUCAAGCGCCAAAUUCUUUGACUGCAAGCCAGCAAGACCGGCCCUUACGUCCAUAUGAAGGCCCUGGAUCGUUUCUCGAGGUCCGUCCGGAACCCAACUCUCCUGAUAGCCCUCAGAAUGAGUUUUCUUUAUCGAUCCAAGAGGCUCUUAGGAACCUGACUGAAGAUGGAAUUCCACAACCAACACCCUCCUUGCUUUCUACCCAAACACAAAAUCUUGUAAAUAAUGUCCUCGGUAUUAGAAAUACACUUACUCAGGAUUUGACUACCACCCAAGAGCCUUCUUUGGAUGACUCCACCAAACAACAACCACCAAUCUUAGGAAUUACAGCGCAAUUUGACUUCACUAAUGAGCCAAACACACAGGACUCGACACAACCACCUGCAGCCACACGAUACCCAUCAAUUACUUCUUUCACACCACUAAGACCACGACCCUCACUGGCUGACCAAGACCUACCACGACCGGCACCAUUACCAAACUCCUCAGACACCAACUACAUAGACAGUAGCGCCAGCGACUCCAACGUCCUCCCACCAUCGCAGCUGGCUGAUAGCGGUUAUCAAGACCGGAUUGAUUUGGAGGCGCUAGAGGUCAACAACGGGAACCUGACAGAAGGGGACAACUUCUAUGAUUACUAUGGUUCACCUGUCUACCUCGAUAACAUUCCCGAGGACUAUUACAACUACGACGUGAUGCAAGAAAAGCGACCCACCCUGAAUAGCACGGAUAAACUGGACUUCCCGGGACCCAACGCCACGAGUCCCUACCACGACCACCACCAUGACGACCACCACCAUGACGACCACCACCACCACCACCACGGGGACCACGGGGACCAUGGGGGACCUCCAGAGCCCACAGCCACACUCCUGAAAGCUCCCGAAGACAACCCGGGCUUGGAGGCCUCCGUCGAAGGCCUUCAUCCCGAUGUUAGGGAGUUCGUAAAUGUCAUGAACGAUAUUACUUUCAAGGUGUACAAGCAGGCCGCUAGCCAGCACAAGCGAAGGAACUUUGUCAUGUCACCCUUGAGUCUUAUUUCCACCCUCGGGAUGCUACUCCUUGGGGCUCGCGGCUCUUCCUCGGGUGCCCUCAGUGACCUGCUGCAGAUGGAUAAGUUCUACACCUUCAACCCCCACCUCAUUCUCAAGAAUGUAACUCAGGCGGUGCAGGAGAUGGAGGACAUCCACGACGUUGCUCUUCUCAGUCAGUUCCUCGUGGAGAAGGAGAGGAACCCCUACUCCACCGACUUCUUCGCCCGGACCAUCAAAGUGUUUUACGAUGCCGUGAUUGAGGAUGCGGAUCCGGCCGAUCUGGACGCCACGGUCCGCCAGCGAGUCAACGACCUCAUUAGGAACAGGACCAAAGGCAGGGUAGACGAAUUCCUGCUGGAGAAUGAACCCUUGUUCCUCACCCCGCCCCUCACCGCCGUCGCCACCAGCUUCUUCCACGCUCGCUGGAGUCUGCCGGUUCUUCAGCAGGAACUGGUAGAUAUGCACUUUAUCCGGUUCCCGACGGCUGAGCGCCGUCUCAUCCGGACAGUGGGACUCCGGAAAAAGAUGACGCUAAACGCCGGGUUUUCCAGAGCGGCUGGAGUGACGUCCGCUGAGAUACCUCUGUACUCAACGUCUGGCGAAUUAUCGCUUGUGCUGGCGAUGCCUGGCGAACAGAAGAACUUCAUCGCUAAUGGCCUGGCGCAGCUGGAGUCAACGCUGAACCCGGAGAAAUGGAGCCAGGUAUUGAGGUCAAUGCUCCCCAAUACCGUCCAGUUAAAGAUGCCAGUGUUUCGUCACAGAGCCUUCCAUAACUUCUCCAGCAUCCUCGGAGGCCUGGGGCUUGGUCAACUUUUCCAGGAAGGCAAAGCUGACUUCUCAGGAAUCAACCACGUCAAAAAUCUUCAUCUUAGUGAUGUCGUCCAGCUUACUGAGUUCCAAUCAUGCCAAGUGGAGAGCCCUCCUCUAUCGAGAGCCAUCAGGUCGAGGAGGUCGCCUUCAGAAGAAAGUGAUUCUGACGAAGAAGAAAGUGAUUCUGACGAAGAAGAAGAAGCCGAAGACUCCAGGACUCUAUACCAACCGACUUAUAUCUACGGCUUUCCCAUGGUAGAAUACCUGCAGCUGGACAAGAUGAAGCUCACCCGCAUGGAUCCUGAAGGAGGCCACUAUGACGAGAUCUUCAGUAAGUAUUUUCCACGGCAAGUCUCUCCAACAAAAAGCUCUCUGACACAAGCGUCUUCAACAGACACUUCGAAGCGCAAGGCGCCCUCCACAGGUAUUAAAACUCAACAGAUCUCGUCGACGGGCAACUCUCAACACCAGGGGUCAACGGGAAACAAUUUCCAGCAGGAGGCCUCCCUGUUAGUCUCCCCCCAAGAGACAAUUCCGGAGAAUCAUCUCCCACAACAGGCAUCAUCGACAGACAAGCCUUCACAUCACACGUCCUCGACAGAGAGCUCACAUCACACGUCCUCGACAGAGAGCUUACAGCAGGCGGUCUCGACAGAGAGCUCACAGCAGGGGGUCUCGACAGAGAGUUCACAGCAGGCUGUCUCAACAGAGAGCUCACAGCAGGCUGUCUCGACAGAGAGCUCACAGCAGGCAGUCUCGACAGAGAGCUCACAGCAGGCAGUCUCGACAGAGAGCUCACAGCAGGCGGUCUCGACAGAGAGCUCACAGCAGGCGGUCUCGACAAAGAGCUCACAGCAGACGUAUUCGACAGAUAACUCACAGGAGUUAUCUUCAACGAAGAAAAACCUCACAGAGAAGACAUCUCAGACAGACAACUCUCCACAGCUGACUCCCUCGAAAGACAAUUCCACACAGGAGACUUUUACGUUAACUUCUCCAUUGCAGCAGAAAUCCUCAAAUAGCAGCCUCCCACAACACACAUCGCAUAAAGACAGUUCUGCACAGCAAACAACGCCUGCUAACACUACAAAACAAAAAUCCUCACAACAGACAACAUCUAUACAUAACUCCACUCAGCAUGCUACCUCACCAAACAACUUCCCUCAGCAGAAAAACUUAACUUCACAGAAGACAACGAAGACGCAGAUGGAAAGUGAAAACAUCUUACCUGCCUCUCCCAAAUACCAGUAUUACAAAAACGACUUUGAGAAAAGCAGUGUAUAUCUUGGGUCUGAAGACUAUAGGAUCGACCGCAUGGGACUACCUGCGGCCAGUGACGACACAAAGAGGCCCUCUGGUGGAGCCUUCUACCGACAAAGCGACGUUGGAACACUGGCGUUCGACCGAGCAUUCCUUUACGCCGUCAGACACAAUCCAACUGGACUAUUGCUCUUCAUUGGACGAUAUCUGGAUCCCGAAGGAAACUAACAGGGAACAAUUAGAAAAGUGUGCAUUAUAAGUACUUUUAUCGUACAUUGCUUCCUACUAUUCAGGAAUAUUUAUGUGACAUUAGCAGCGGGAAACACACUUUACAAACCCAUUAAUUCUUUAGAUAAGUGGCAGGUCUGUAAAAAAAAAAAUUCUUGCGUGAGAAGUUAACCGAAAUUCAAUUACCUUGUGUCUCAAGUUCCGUGAGAUAAAGUAGCCUCCCAUCCCGUGUUCCCUGAUUAGCUCUUUCAGGUCUCUGGUGAUGCUAUUCUUACCAUCUCCUUUUGUUAACUUUUUGGGUGUAAAUAUGUGUGUGUGUCAAGUUUCUGCUGUUAAGGACGUGCAUUUAAUAACGUUCUUUAUGUAUAAUCUUCAGGACUAGCUCAUCGAAUCUUCAAGACACUGAGAAAAGUAUUUAGCAUCAAAAUUUAUUUUAUGGCGUAUUUUGUCACCGUUUAUCAUCAUAGUGCUUCUUACAGUUCUUUAAACGUUGAAACUUUUCAUGUCAAUAAGGGCAGCACAAGCUUCUCGCUCUAAACUACUGACAGAACAAUAACACCCAGUUGUUACUUUUAUCAUUAUAGUACCUUGCCCUAACUUACAGUUAAAAUUAACCUUAACAGUCCAGCAACCAGGAGGCCUGGUCGACGACCGGACCGCGGGGACGCUAAGCCCCGGAAGCACCUCAAGUAUCCUUAAGGUAUUGUCUAAAAUGGUCUCAUUUCAACAUCUGUUAUCUCUUGCCUUAGAGGAGAGGCUUGCAAAGCGUGUUGCACUUUGAAAUGUAUAUUUAGUUGUGCUUUGAAAGCUUUUAGUAGGCCUAUCAACCUUAAAUAAUUUCAUGAUUUAAACGAGUAUUUAGCGAUGAUGACUGGUGAUGCUGAGGCAGAUUGUGGCAUUACAUGAGUGGGGCUGAAGCAUAUAUGAAGGAUUAGCCUGGAUACAGUAUGCAUCAGAUGCUGAGCCUGGAUACAGUAUGCAUCAGAUGCUGAGCCUGGAUACAGUAUGCAUCAGAUGCUGAGCCUGGAUACAGUAUGCAUCAGAUGCUGAGCCUGGAUACAGUAUGCAUCAGAUGCUGAGCCUGGAUACAGUAUGCAUCAGAUGCUGAGCCUGGAUACAGUAUGCAUCAGAUGCUGAGCCUGGAUACAGUAUGCAUCAGAUGCUGAGCCUGGAUACAGUAUGCAUCAGAUGCUGAGCUUGGUGGCAGCCAAGCUCAGUAUCUCGAAUUAUGAUAAAAAAUUACUUUUGUGAAAAAAAUUGGCAUUAACUUACCUCAAAAACCACUUACUAUAGUCGUCAAAAUACGAAUCAGCAAAUAUUGAUAUAAACAUUUAAUUUGAUCAAACCCAAUGCCGAUAUUCAAAAUGGAAUAUAUUUAUCCAACGUAAGCUAUAAGUCCGGCAUAUUAUAAAUGUAUUUUAAUUAAUUUUGUAUAACUCUUUUAUGAGUAAAAUAAUUUGCCUAUAAAGGGGUCACGUGAAAAAAAAAAUAAUCAUCAGCAGGAAGGUUAAAUGAAUUUGACAUUGAAAAUGUGAAAUUUUUCCUCCUAGCUGACAAGGAAAAGGCUGAACGUGGCUUCUUCUAACGUCUAGCAGAAACUAGCGCCAGUUGAAGUGAGGUUUGGCCAGGCUGGUGGUAGAUGAGGUAAACUGGGGUUUGGAGAGGCGACUUGUAACUCAUCUGUUGAGGAGGUUGGGCGCAUGAUGGGCGUGAUGAGUUGAGGUUCAAUGGCCCGGGUGAGGUCGUAGCUGUGUCAAGCAUCGCUGGGUGACAUUGGGACUGGAUGUUAUAGGCUAGAGGGAAGCAGAGCUGGGUGAAGCAAAGCUGCGUGAAGCAGGGCUGGAUGAAUCAGGACUGGGUGAGGCAGGGCGGGGUGAGGCAGGGCGGAAAAGGGUGUGGUGGAAGUUAUGUACACAGAAUGCUCGUGUGUUUAUUUACCCCUUCAUCGUUGCACGAAAAUUAUUUCACGGAAUUACUUUGGGAAAAAUUCCUAAACUCCUGUUUUAUUCACACGCUCACACACGCACACACACACACACACACACACACACACACACACACACACACACACACACACAC